CCCAAGAGAGGUUCAUUAUUUUGAGAAAAACGUCACGCUUGCAUCUAACAUCUCGCGUACCAACUAAAAAAAGUAAUUUCAUUAAUUUUUCGCUCUCUUCAACCGUGCCGAUAUAUCCUUGACUGGCCUUGACUUGGCGAGGAAUAUACUUCCGUAUUAGCUCUUGUGUGCGAACUUCCUUCAUCAUACUUAAAGCUUAAAUACUGUAUAAUUUGGCUUUGUAGUUGCGACACAACUCCUGUGGAGAAAUGGUGUGUUUUUCCGCGUACUGAAAGAUGUUUCAUUGAACGCUGAGGGUUUCCUGCAGCUAUAAGCACAACGUAUUCAUCGAGGUAGGAAAUACUGUUCAUAGUCUGGAACGAUCUGUUUCAAGAUUGAUAGGGAUGCAACUACGUGAAAAAUAGAAGGAGAACUUCUACGUUUCGAGCCGAAGACCCUUGGUCAUGCAGGAAGUCAGUAAAGGACCUUCAUUUGAAACUUCGAAGUUCUCCUUGUAUUUUACAGGCAGUUGCAUCCUUAAUCUUAUCCAUCCAAAGCUUUCUUAUAAUUUUAUAGUGUCUUGAUUAUCGUCAAUAAUCUGUCCAAUAAAGUGAGGACAUGCAAGCAGUGCUGAAGUGAUUAUAAUAUAAGACAAAAUACACUACGAAUACUGUUAGCAACUUGUAAACUCAAGAUUCGAGCUACAGUAUUUAAACAAGACAACAAAAGUCAAAGUAAUAUUUGGACUUCAUUUCCGCAGAGUCAUUUGUUCACAAGCGUCGACAGUUUUAGGCAAAAGUUGUGUAGUCUAAAUCGUCCUUAUAACUGAGUGACAUUUGGCACGAAUGCACGAUCCGACUAUGAACCGGUUUGACGAGAAAACGUUUCAGAUUUUAAGUAACACGCCACCUGAUAAACGGAUUUAAUAGCCUGCCACGCACGAUUUAGGAAGUUAUUAAGUAGCUAACCAGUUGUCUUCCCUCUCUCGUUCCCACUGUUGUGCGACUCAGAGUAAAGACCCAGUGUCACAAACGAGUUAGGCCCCGUUUACAUGAGACUCGGACGAAGUCAAACCGGAAUGAAAGUUGAAAUCAUUUGUCAACAUGUUUACGGCAUGAGACCGGUACGAAAAUCACAAAAUUUUAAAUUUAUUCCCCCUUGCCAGGCAAUUUUCUUUUUGAGAUGGCUUAAUUUUGUUAGCAUGUGUUGCUUGUGUUGUUCGAAUGUCAAGGGUACACUUACAGCCGAGGCCGCGGUUGAAAUGUGUUUGUGUUUACAUUCAUCCCAUGUGUUGGGUUAUGUUGGAAGACUGUUCAAUCAAGUUCAUAGACUCUGUUUAAAAUUUUCAUCCCACAUUGGAUUUGGCCAACACUUUUUUUUUUUUUAACAGCUUUAUUAGGAACUUAAUAUAUUACAUUAAUAAGGUACAAAUACAACAAACAUGCAGUUCCUAAACGGGAAAAUAGCGAACGGGCCAUAAUAGCCCAUGCGAGGCUACCUCCCAAUUUGACUUCUGUCGACAUUUACAAAUUUACAUAAAAUUAAAAAUUUUAAAUCGUUGAAAGCACGUUUACACACAUUCAGGCCAAAGUGAUAGGACCUAUGUUAUACUUGUUCAGGAACGGGCUAAAGACAAUACAGUUUUUGUCUAUCAACCCUCUCGAUGUCCUCAACUUAAACUUGUAAGGAAGGAAAUAUGUGAAGUUCUUGUGAGAAGCAUCAGAUAUUUAAUUGUUUAUCAAGAGGACAUUUUUCUCUCUUGUACGUCACACGCUCUCAAAACUAACGAGAAUAAAUUGACCACAUGGCUAUUUGUGCAUUUCAAAUUUUUAAUUUUUAUGCGUUUUUACAUGGGCAAACAAACUUAAAUUUAUAGAAAGCACGUGGGUGCUUUAUCUUGUAAAAUAACGCUAUAUGUUGACUGUACUUUUUUAAGGUACGUUUAACGAUUAAUCGGGCCGAUUUCAGGUUUUACCGAAUGUUAAUGAAGAAGUUGUCACGGUUGACGAUGUCGUCAGAUGACGUUGCAGCCUAUUUUUCAAAUCAAUCAUUUGGUUAAACCUGAAAUCGGCCCGAUUAAUUGUUGCCCAUUUGGCCUGAGUUGCAUGACUGGCAGGCUCAUUUCAAGGCCAGGGUGGUCAUACACGCAGGCUAAACAUUAAAAAAUCGGAUUUUUCUUUUCAACGAACGCUUAGAUCCUUCGCUGUUAUAUUUAUUUGCUUGGAGAUGCGGUCUAUCAAUGAUAUCAUGCUUAUCUUCGCUUGGUAUCAUAUUAGUGAAUAUAACUCUACCAGUUGUAAACUGAGGUCCUGCAGUGAGCUAGGCCUGUUCAUAAUAGUGCUUACCAUGCAGUACUUACUAGGGCUCCUUCUACAACCGGAUUGUCAAACUAUGGAAGAUUAUUUGCAAAACAGCCUCUGCACAGAGUUUUUAUAGCAUCUCUUCGUUUAAACAGCUAAUCUAGCAAAUAUAUCUGACAUUGUUUGACACACGCUUCUGUCUCAUGACUGUCACUGAACUAGGCAUAUAGUUAUAUUUACGGUUUAUAUCAUAUAAUUUGUUACUAUUCAUAUAGUUAUCUUAACGCCGGAAGGCGCCUCGCAUGGGUACUUUAGUCCCGUUCGCGUCUUUCCCGAUUAGUUAAGUAAGUUAACGUUUGAUGAUUUUUUUGUAUUUGUACAUUUAAUAUUUAACCAAUAAAUUUGCCAAACUUACCUUCUCCCCACAAGCUAUGCAGUGCAUCCCCCCGUUCAAAACCAUUGUGUUCUGUCUUUCAGUAUCUGAUAUAUUCUCGCUUAGCAUCAUUCAAAAAAAAUUUUUGUAUUAAUCUUGUGUAUCUAAACGUUAAAUCUCGUAUUUGAUUAUGCAGCAAUUCUCACGCGCGCGUCAUAUUUAUACCUUCUUUUACGCCCACGCAAAACUGACGUCAUAGUUAUCACAAAAAUGACGUAAUGCCAUUCCCAUAUGCAUGUACUUGAUAUAUCAAUUUGGCGUUGUCAUGUCAUAACGCAAUCGCGUGAUUUGGGUCUAAAAAUACACUAUGACUUCAUUAACUGAGUCAUUUUAGCUGUCCUACAUCAGUCAUGCAUUUUGUAACGCAAUUUUUGACACAGAGCCAUAUUUAAUUAAGCCCUGGGUCAAAACGUGUUAUUUUUAACCGAUUGUUACGGCGGACAGUUCAAGCUCUAGAUUGAUAAAACAGUAAAGGUUUAAUGAGUGUUCCAACUAUGUUUUAACUUCAAUAGAAUAGAUGAUCUUGUUGGGAAAUAUAUAACCUAUAAAGGCCUAUAAAAGUAUGUUUAGACUUUCAUUUGUAAAAUAAUGCUAAAAUAAUUGAGAAUUUGGAUGGUACUCCAAAGCUGAUAAAUGACAGCCUCGUACCCAAUAAAUGACGUCUGAAGUUCAAUAUAAGUUUUACAUGCCAUAUUGCUGUAAACAUGACAUCAAUUUUAAGGCUACAUCUUAUGAUAUAAUGCAUUCAUGUUUUAGCGAAAUCGUCCGCUGCGCGCUCAAUUUUUGAGGUAUUCCUCUGAAAUUUGGCACACACAAUGAUAACUAUAACUGAAGAAUCUAACCGAUGGUUACCACAGAUCAAUUUUAAUUUCUAGUGUAAUGAGAGUUUCGUUGAUAAUUUUGUUUUACUUCAAGGACAGUUUUUACUAUUAUUUUCUGUUUCUCUUAUUUUCUGCAUUUUAAAAGGUUGCCAACUGAAAACCCUGCUCUAGAAAAUAAAGCUAAAAUAAAGUAAUUUUGAGAGGUACAUGACGAAAAGAAUUAAGUUGUGAAUGCGCGAGGCUUUAUUGAAAUACGUAUUGGAUGUUUGGGCUUAGUGCAGAAUUAGACAAAGGAACAAUUUAUGUUGACAUGGCCAAAUAAACACGGCGUGAAUCCGCAUGAUAAGAUACAUGAAUCUAACUAUAGGCGGUUGACUUUAAUUACCUGUAUAUCAUGUACAGUAAGAUUAAUUAAAUUCAAAGCUUUCUAUUUCGGAUAAAAAUCAAGCCACUAUAGCAUGCUGUAGUGUUUUUGCAUGUACUUAUUUAAACCCAUAAAAUCUGACGGAAAACAGAUUAAGCACCAUUUCAUAUUUGCAGUAAGUUUCCGCGUUACCGCCAACGAGCGAUCGAGUUUUUGCAGUCAACUAUUGGCAUUGCAAAUAUACAAUUUCUCGGAUGAAAUAGACGUACUAUACAUUUUCUCCAAGUGAUGUUUUAGUGUUCAUAUAAACGUAUAUACUACUUCAAAUUUGUUGUAAUGAGACUCCUAACCAGAUGAUCUUGAUACGCGGAAAAGUACUGGCACUAGUUGUCAAAUAGAAAUCCAUUUUAUGAUUAAAACAACUGAAUAUCUCCUGUAAUAUACUUUAUUUUGAUUCUAUAUUUUUGUCAGAGCUAGAGUUCUCAUAACCAAACAUAAUUACAAAAUUUCAACUAGUUUCAUAAAGAAUAACGAAAGAUAUAAUUGACUGAAUACAUCAAAAUGGAUUUCUAUUCGGACAACCCUUUCUGAGCGCUGAUUGGCUAAAAUACGAACACGAGAUCACCUGGAACGUUACGCCGCAUAUUAUUUGUGACUGAGGACAAAUUGUUAAUAAGGCCGGGCGGAACUGUAAAGUAAUUUCAGUUUCGAGUGCUAAAAUGUGACACUAGUAGUGUCGUUCAUCAACUCGUUUCCAUAGUCGGAUGAUAAGAUAUAUUUCCAUUUUUUUAUUUCUGGUGUUAUAUGCACUCCAGUGAAGAUAUAUGUUUGUCAUGUUGUCUCACACUUAAAGACAACACAAAAUAGAUAUAUAUUUUUAUAAAUAUAUAUCGUUCUUGCUCUCGAUGAAGUAUAAGCAGACGUACCUGAAACAUUGUCAUUGAAGAUCAGUUUUCCGAUAGUUCAGACACAAACCGCGACGUGGAAGUAAUAUAUAUAAAUUGAUAUUUUCAGGCUUAUAUAUUCACUCGGCUCUUAUUGAAAAGAAACUAUAUUUGAGCGUAGUAUUGCCGUCAACGAGUGUUAAGCUCCAUACAACACCGGACGCGAUUCGACAACGCGACGCGAUUUUUCAAUUUUCACUCGGAACGACAACUUUGAUCCUAGUUUAAAUUUUCCAAAUAUUUAGAAGCGUUAGAACAUUUUGAGUUAUUUGGUCUAUAUAUCUUUUAAAAUUUUCUCUCAUUGGCUGUUUUAUUAACUGUCAAAAACUAAAAAAUCGCGUCGCGUUGUCGAAUCGCGUCCAGUGUGUAUAUGGACCUUUAUAUGCCUAUUAUAUGAAAAAGCUGAAAUCAACCGCAUGAGUGGAGUUUGUACACUUAGCAAGACAAGCGUGUUCGCUCGAAGUGUUCAAGUGUUCCUCGUGCUUUUUGGUUCAAAUUGUAUGAUGUUAUAUUACUAUAGAGAACCGUAGAUGGCUAUAUAUCAACUAUCUCAAUAAUACAACGAAACUUCGACGAUACGAGCGAAGGCCCUUUCUCAGUUUAGCUAUAUACUAACAUCCUGAUGGCUUCGCUUGAAACGUCGUAGUUUCCUUGACCUUGUAUUUUUCAGACAGUUCAAACCCUAUUGCCCAUGAGCCCAUCUAUAUAGAAUAUAAAACAACGGUAACCCCGAAAAUAAACAUUUUAAUAUUCUAGCUUUCGACUACUAAGAUUCAGUCAUCAUCUUCCUGAUGAUGACUGAAUCUUAUAGUCGAAAGCUAGAAUAUUAAAAUGUUUAUUUUCGGGUUUACCGUUGUUUUAUAUUUUAUUAAAAUACUCCGUGGUUCCCGUAACCAUCUAUAGUUCUAUGAUGUUUUUGUCAUUAUAUCUAUGCUGACACAAACUGUGCAAGAUGAUCUUGUGUUUCUUAACUUUCUUAUAUUAGUAAAACGAGAAGUACUUGAGCAAUUUGUUCAAUGGCUGAAGUGUUAUAUAAUAUUGAGUCACCUCCUGUAAUGUAGGCAUCUCAACACAAUCUAUCCAAUAAACGUGGGUUGCAACAUAAGGUCACACAUGACAUGCAUGCCUUGUGUCUCAGAAGCAAUGACGUCUCAACCCCCGUCUCAUAUAAUCCGUCUCUUUCACUCCUUAUAUAGAUAACCCGCUGCCCACGAGCGAGCCACGGAUUUUAAUCAGUAGCACUAGCAUCGAGGAAAUUUGAAGAGUCGAGAAAGCGAAUGAUCAUGACGACACAACUCAAUGAAUCGUCGCACAGACCAAAUACAAACGCUGUUGAGACAAGCAGAAUACUUGAUGACUCGGUAAGAUUUCUGAGUUUAUUUAAACUAGUCAAUGAAGACGGGAAUAACAUAUAGUAUUAUCGAUUGAGAAGCUAAACCAAUCGAGUGAAUUAUAAAUGCGGGAAGGCAGACAGUUUAUAAAGCAUAAUAUGGGAACUAGCUUUUUUAUGUCGCGAUCGGGUUUCGCAUAUGAAAAUUUGUCAUUUAUUAUAAAUGUUUAAAGGCUUUAACUGAAGCAAUUUCUUGUGUAAUUUUUACAAAGAAUGUUCGAUUCUAGAGCAAGGUUUGAGUGAGGUUAUAUACUAUUCGUUUGUAUAAAUGAUUAGGAGUAUAAAGGAAAUUAUUAUUCCGUGGGGAAACGGUUGAAUACGAUAAAACACUCUCCUGAGAAAAUUUACAUGCUCUUACAUGACGUUUGAGCAGCGAGAAAUGUAUAAAAGACGGCGGUUGAACAGGAUAUUAUAGUGGCGAGGAAUUCACAGGAUUAUAUACAUGAAACUAGAGAAUAUUAAUAUGUUCUUGAAAUAAUGAAAUUUUUGUGGUAUUUGGGUGAUUGAUUUGAGAAUGAGAGAUACGCAAAUUGGAAUAAAUUUGUUUGAUAUAUAAUCCAUUUCUGUGAAAUUCAUGAAGUGUUGUCGUGAUUAGGUGAAGUUCAGUGUUAAUUGGUUAGAAAAAUUCAACGUCCAAGCUGUAGUUGUCGAUAGACAAAAUAAUAAGAUAAAUGAAUUUGCUUGAGGCAAAUCGGUAUACCGCGCCUUUAGUGAUUGUAUUCUGUCUAACGCCGAACGAUUUUACUUCGUAAAGGAAAGUCAUCAAUUUUAUCUUUAAUUUUUACAUUGAGUAGAAAUAAAAUGUCUAUCAGGUUUCAGACGCAUAAGGUUGAAAUAACAAUAUAGCAUAUUUUUAAAUUCAAAUAUAAACCAUCCUUUUCUUCAAUUUCUUGAGAGAAAUUCACCACUUUAUAGUUUUACAUUUAACUAAAUGUGUUGUAGUUCGUAAUUAUCGUUGUUCUGAUUAUCGGAAGCCGAUAUAUAGAAUAGAACAAAGGAAUGUUUGGUCAGUGAAGAGUUUAAUUUUUUCGUUUCUUCAUUGGUCUUUUUCAAUUAUGUAUAUUGGCAAAGUGAAUUAUUUUAUUAGAGAUCGUUAUGUAUUCUUAGAUAAGGGCUUGUCUGAUAUUAACAAGUGAAAUUAUCUGACGUGAAAGAUUUCAACGUGAACGCCGAUUUACACACUACACAACUCUUGCCUAAAACCGUCGCAUGCAACCAUAUAUAUCUUAUAUACACUAGACAGCGCAUCUCCUUUAGUAAAAUUGAAGCCAAGAAUAUUCCAGGGGUUACCCCCAUUUGAAUAGAUGGCGGCCAUGUUGGAGUUUCCCACUCGCUAAUAAACGCUUAAAAAACAACAAUAACUUUCAUCAUUUGAAUAGUUUGAAAAUGUAUUUGGAAUAGGUUUAACUUAAUGUUUAAGUUCCCUGUUUAAGACAUAGAAAACAUACGAGUCUUCUCAUUUCAUCAUUUUCAUGGGAAUAUCCUGAGUCUGCAAUCACGGCUUCAAUUUUUGAAUUGCAGAAUAAUUAGAUGCACUAUCUAGUGUAUAUAAGAUAUCUAUGCAUGCAACCUGUUUACAACUCGAGUUGUACUGUGUAAAUCAAGCAUAAAACUCAGUCACCUGCCUACGACAACGUAGCUGAAUUGUGUGCUAGAUUUACACAGUGCUACUCAAGUUGUAAGCAUGUAGGUUGUUGUGUAAAUCGGUCUUAAUUUAAGGAACGAAGGAAGAUCAUUGACAAUCACAAUUGUCUCGAGUUGAAACAUGAAAACAUGUUGUUUAGAGGUCCAUCAGGCACGUCUCAUAUCUAAUCGGGAAUAUAAUUGUCGAUAUAUCAGUGGUAAUAGCGGAUAUCCGCUCUAUUGCUCACAGCGUGUGACGUAAACAUAAUAGCGAUAAAACAACACUGAUUUUGUACAAUUUCAAAACGUACUCUAAAGAAAAGUUGUUUUGCGGCAAGAGAAAAGCCAGCACCACACCGCAAUACCACUAAGUUUAUUGAAGCUUAUUGAAGAAGUAGGAUAUUCUUUCAUAAGAGAAUCAAAUGUAUUGCGGAGUUCACCUGACCUAUGUAGACUGUACUGCAUGUAAAAUUUAUACAUGCCACAAUAAAAGCUAUAUUGCCUCAUGGGCAUUUCAGAUUGUAAAAAAAUUGUCAUGUUGUGGUGUAGAGUCUAAUGUUAUUUUCAAAGAUUGUUUGUGAUAAUUUUGCAGGUGGCAAUGUAUAUAUAUAUAUAUAUAUUCGUUAACUAUCAGACCUUGCAAUCUAUGAUACCUGUUAAAUACUGUUGUUCAUUCCACGAGGAGCUGCGAGAAUAUUAUAGCCAGAAGUUCUGUUGAGCUCUAUAAAAUAUAGUCCAUUCUCGGGAAAUUUGAGAUUUAUACCCAGAUUUGUGUGAUCACGAUGUAAGUUUGCACUUGAAUAUUUGAAUUUUUGUCACAUCCAUAUAUAGGAGUUUACUAAUUGAAAUUAGAAAAUUUGUGUAAAGUUCGGGCAAGGAGCUACUUUAAUAUUUCUUGUCUGAAGAGACGUUAGAGACGUUUCACUGUUUAGACUUUAGAGAUCUGUGUUCAUAAAAAGAUAUUAAAGAAAAAUAUUUCCUCAUAUUUCGUCGGCACAGUAGGGCAAAGGAUAGGUUUGUGAUUGGGCUCAAGUCCACAGAGAAACAUUCGUGCCCAAAAUAUGGAGAUAUAACCUUCAUGUGCGCCUGUCUUGCUAAAACAGGCGAACAUGAAAACGAGGGCUUUACGAGGCCAUUUUGAACAAAAGUAAACAGAGAAGUCUAUUCUCCUCAACUUUCCUGUAUUCACUGGAGGGGGCAGGAGAGUUGAUAAAUCUUCUUUAACUCAAACCUGGUUUCUAUAUGGUGGUAAAAAUAGAGUCACGAUCUUUCUCAACGGCCAAUUUAUAAUAGUUUCUACCUGAAAACUACAUAUAAAUCGAUGAAACACUCAGAGUAACAUCACAAGCAUCUUAUUCACCUGAGUACAUUACACCAACACAGCAAAUAUCAUACAUAUAAACCAUGCGUAUUCUCUAGUUAUAAUCACUCCACGUAUUAUCAGUCACUGACGAGAAAGAUCACGAUUCAAUCUUUACGACCAUAUAUGAAAACCAGACUGUACGAACUCUUCGCGCACCAAUAUAAGUUAGGAUUAGGUUAGGUUUAAGGUUAGGGUGUGUAUGGAUGUAUCCAGUGAACUUUUCAGUACACUAUAAGUCUAUAAUAUCCAUUUCAUAACGUUUACUGUGGAACGAUUACCGAAACAUGGAACGAUUACCCAAACUUUCAUCUCUCGUUCAUGGUUGCUCGCCUAGAACACCCCCCCCCCCUCUCUAAAAAAACCUUGCUUAAUCCACCAAUGGUAAGCAUUGUGGAACAUCAGAUGGCGGUGAACUCAAGAACUAUUCACACUUUAGAGAAACAGGAAAAUUAAAUGAAAUGACUAGCGGCUCCGUUUUCACUCAUCGCAAAAAUGAGCUCGCUGCCAGCAUUGUGAAAUCAUGUACUCGUCGAAGUGAGUUUGAGAGUUGACUCUUCCAUGUGAAGAAUGAAAAAGAGAUAUACAAGAUUAUGUUGAAAUAAUUAACAUUUUUUUCAUUUGAUAUUUUUGUGUGUGUUGGUGUUACGUACUCGGGUGAAUAUGAUGUUUGUGAUUUUACUCUGAGUAUGUAUUUACACACAGGCGGCCCAUCUCGCAAGGGUCAGUAUAGACUUACAGUAUAAAUGUAUAUUAUAUUAAUGUAUAUUAUAGUAAAAAUAUGUCGUAAAAUAUAAAUUUUAAAAUGAAAUUGACUUGCCUAUUUGAUAGUGUGUGUUCUCCUUUUAUUCCUCCUUUGUUGGACUAAUAUUUUCCGAGACUUUGUACUUUGUCCCCAUGAUAUCAUGUUUCAUGUAUACUAGUAACAUCGAGUACAAAGUCUCGGAAAGUAUUAGUCCAACAAAGGAGGAAUAAAAGGAGAACACACACUAUCAAAUAGGCAAGUCAAUUUCAUUUUAAAAUUUAUAUUUUACGACAUAUUUUUACUAUAAUAUACAUUAAUAUAAUAUACAUACUAACUCUUGACGAAGGGCCUUCGCUCGAAACGUCGAGUUUCUGCUUAUUUUUUAAGGUAGUAAUAUAACCACUCAGCACAGCAUUUAUACUAUAAGUCUAUACUGACCCUGGCGAGAUUGGGCCGCCUGUGAUUCACACCGGGCAAGUUGAAAAGUUUGCCUGAUCAUAAUAGGCCUAGGACUUGGAAAACGUUUUGCUCUAAAUGUCGUUCUUGUUUUACGUCCUGUUGUUCGUAGAAGUGCAUGUUCUGAGUUUUUGUACGAAUGUAAUUAUGUAAUACCGUAAAUAUGUAACUAGCUAUGUAUUUUGUUAAUUUUAUAACCGUUUAUAGUAUAGUAUAGCAUAGUAUAGCGUAGUAUUUUCAUGUAUGGCAGGACUUAAUUUGGGACUUUAUUAGUCCUGUUGUCUGUGCCUUUAAUUUCUUAUUGUAAAACUAAUAAAAAAAAAACAACAAAAAAAAACAAAAAACAAAAAACUCGAACCGACUUGACCUCGUAGCUCAGUUGGUAGAACAUUGGACUGGUAUCCCGAAGGUUACGGGUUCGGUUCCCACCGUGGCCAGGCAAACUUUUCAACUUGCCCGGUGUGGAUACACACUCAGGCCCUGUUUACACUAUACCCGAUUCGCUGGUCACGACAUCUUCUUUUGCCGUUACGGAGCAAUGGUUAGUAGCAAAUGCUUAUUGGUGUGACAGAAUUGGCAUGUUUAUUUGGGUCUCUGAGAUUAAAAAUCUUCACAGCCUUUCGAUACCUACAAAAUUUGACCCACUCCGAUAGCAAUCCGGUAUAGUGUAAACGGGGCCUCAGAGUAACAUCACAAACAUAAUUUUUUCAUUUGUCUGAUACUGUUACUGCCAGUUGGUCAUCAUCAGCUGCACACCAUUGCAUAGACCUUACGGUUGUUAUUGAUCAUUCUCACUUAUUGAUAGUUUUUCGGUAUUUAGUAAUUAAUUAGUAAACUUAGAUUUUCAAACUCAAUGUGUUUUGCUUUGCAGACAACAGAUUGUAUUUCACAAAUGAUGUCAAGUGAUUGUGGUGCGGACAUGUCUUCGACAAAACAGUGUAUUUCUUGUAAUCGAGAGGUGAGCUCAGAUUAAAAUGAAGGCCCACUACACUACCACAGAAUAGAGACUAUACAGAAGACUGACUUCUUGGUUUUUCCUAUGAUUUUGGCGUAACCGUAAUUCGUCAUCAAAAUGCUGACGCCAUGCAUGGUCCUAGCCAGUGCGCUUAUAAGAGGCAUUCACCCCCCUUGAUAAUAUUCAAAAUGGUGGACGUCCAGGCGGGGUGAAUGCCUUUCAUAAGCGCACUGGCUAGGACCAGAAGCACAGAAUACUACACAGAAGUCCAUCUCCAUUGCUUUUUGCAUAAGCUCUAUUCGUCAUGAUUCGUCACUCAGCAAGUACCAUAAACAGAAGCAGUCCCCUCCUGGAAAUACUAAAAAUGGUGCAUGUCCAGGGGGUGACUGCUUCUGUUUACAGUACUUGCUGAGUGACGACAUGACGAAUAACGCUUACGCAAAAAACAAUAGAGAUGGACUGCUGUGUAGUAUUCUGUGCCAUGGCGUUACAGCGUAGUGUAAACUGGACUACAGUGUUCACGGAGAAUCGAUCCUCGCUGAAUAAAAGUUGUUCACUUUCUUUUUAGUUUUAUUUUAGUUAACUCGAGAACACGUGAAAUAUACACACUUUCUACCUAACCAGGAACGGUUGCGACUGCUAGUUCCUCUUGCAGGAAUCAAAACCUGUGGUCCUGCAAUUUUCAUUUUUCGCUACCGAACGUUCCUGGUUAGGUAUAAAAAGUGUAUAGGCCAAAUAAAAAUAAUAGUUGGUUUCAGGUUUCCAACCGACCUGUCAAAAAAUAUGACCGACCAUAAACAUUUUGUAAUAAUAAAGUUACGUGGUGUUUCCACAAACAAAACUAUUAUAUUUUAUCACCAUGCAAACAUACAAAGAACUCAUAAACAUUUUAUUGACAUUUCCCAGUAGAGAUCAUCUUUUCGUAAAUAGCAGAAUAUAUAAAUAGUCAUCAGACUCAUUUGUCUACAAAUUAUUUUGUUUGCUUAUAAUUUAAUCAUUAUCUAGUCAUGUUAAUCAUAGUUUUACACAAAGAACAGUUGAAUAAAAUACUAAAAACGUACGUUAUUCUGACAUUGCAGCUACGGCUGAAAAAAGACGAAAACGCCUUGACUCGUUUGUUUUUUGCGAAACAUAUGUAGCUCGCGGGUGAUCCCGUUAUUGCAUACUUGAGAUAAAAUAUUUUUUUAAAUAAAAUGUUUUUCCGAUUUACCUACCUAUAUAAAACAUGGCUGUGAAACCUGAAACCAACUAUUAUUUUUAUUUGGCCAUAUAUAUCUAAAAGAUCAUUAAUAAUUCAUGAGGAAAAUACAAAAGAAAUCACUGCCAUGUCUGUGGUCAGUUUAUAUGUGAUAAAAAAUCAUGUUUAUUUAUAUAAACUUUAACCUUGAUUUUCUCGGCUUAGACAACGUUCAUUUUUGAAAUUACUUCGCCAAUGAACUCAUCAGAUGGGUAGUUUUUUAAGCCAUUUAAAACACUCGCAGUCGGUGUUUUAUCAGAUAUAAAACACUCGAGCUGCGCUCUCGUGUUUUAGAUCUGAUAACGGGGCGGACCAUUAGAAAUCCCGGGAGGGGGGGGGGGUGAAAAUUCCCCCCAAAAAAAUUCGUGCAAAGAAAAAUGCCUGCAAAAAAAUUCGUGCAGCCAUUACGUCAGAGAAACAAAAAUCGUGCAAGCAAACAGCAAAGUACAAAUAGUCUUGAAAAAAAAUUCUUGCAGAGGUUAAAUGCAUUAAAAAAAAUCCUGCAGAGAAAUGAGACUGAAAAAAAAAAUCGUGCAGCAAAAAUUUUAUCCCCCCCCCUCCCGAGAUUUCUAAUGGUCCGCCCCUAAAUCACUCCUGCAUGCUCGUGUUUUAAAUAGUAUAUUCAGUUUCAAGCAAGUGAAGUGAUUCAAGUGAAGAAAUAUUUCAAAUUCAUCUUAUCAUAAAUAUGUUUAUCAUUCAGAUGCCAAUCUCAAGUGAAUCGUGUGUCUGUGGUCACGUGUUGUCUGAUAACAAAUCCUUGGAGGGAAAACGAUACUCAGGUAGAUUGUAUUUUAUAAAACACACGGUGUCCAGGAGUCUUGAAAAUCCUGGAAAGUCCUUGAAUUGGAAAACAAAUUCCAGGACUGGAAAGUCCUUGAAAAUCAAUAGAAGUCCUUGAAAGUCCUGGAAUUAAUUUCCUUAACCUCUAGCUGUGCCAACAUUAGUGAUUUUGAUUAAAAUUACUGAAUAAAGUGAAUUAUUUGCUGGUUAAAGUCUAAAAUCCGUGCCAAUUUCAAAGAUUUUUCCCAGUUCGAGGUCCUUGAAUUUACUGAAAAAUGGCCUUGAAAGUCCUGGAAAAGUCCUGGAAUUUCACCUUCACCAAAAGGUGCACACCCUGAAAACAGCUGCAAUUUUGUUGCUCGUAUUACUUUACCAUAACUGUUAGUGUAGUCUUACUAGUCAGGUUAUUGUUGUGAAGUGAGUUGUUUUUUACCUCUAGGAUAUCGAGAAGAACUCUACAGCCGUUUGGAAAUCAAAAGGAUUUUACAAAACCAUGACAAACCCAAACGACCAAGGAUAAAACAGAAAUCACUUCCUGUAAAACAAGUAUGUAGACAACCUAGGUUUUCUCUUUCUUUCAAAAAUUGACCCCCCCCCCUUGGCCCUGUGGUCUGUACUCUCUGCCCCCCCCCCCACCCCCCUUUGCAUUUGACUAAAAUUCAAAACAAGGUUUUAUCAGUUAAAAGUAAUUGUUUUGAUGAAAGAAAUGGUUUUUGAUAAUUUUGAGAAAGUUUGAAGUAGACUCAGCGUUGAGGCAUGUUUUGAAUUUUCACGAAUUUCCUGUGUUCGUUUGUUUCCUUUUCCCAUCCAAGCGUUGCCUGUGGUCCCCCUUGCAAUUUAACUCAUUUAAAUUUUUUUCUAAGUAAUUGUUUUGACGAAAGAAAUGGUUUUUGACAAUUUUCAGAAAGUUUGAAGUAGGUUGAGUAGAUAAAAGGUUAGUUUAGGUUUCCUUCUGUAGUAACACUGGGUCGGUAAGAGAUGAUCGUUACUGGACCUCUAUGAAGAACAGUUUAGAUCUGAUAGAGCUGUCCAGUAUAAAUAAAGUUAGCUUAGGUUUCCUCCUGUAGUAACACUGAAUCAAUAAGAGAUGAUCCUUACUGGACCUCUAGGAAGAACAGUUUAGAACUGAUAGAGCUAUCAAGUAUAGCUAGUGUAUGUUACUUUAGUCCAGGCUUCCUCCUGUGAUAGGGUGAAAAGUUUAGAACUUCGGGAUCUCCGUAUGAAUAAAGUUAGCUUAAGGAAUACAAAAGAAUUUGAAGCUUAAUCUCGAUCUAUAUUUUCAUGCAGGAUAUCAUGAGCACUCUACACAAGCCACAGAUGAAACGACGUCACAAACGUAAGUCACCAGCCGCUCUGGCCGCGCACACAAAAUAUGAAAACACAUACAAGAUUAAAAACACAGAACAAUCCAAAUUCGAGGAUAAUCCGGGUUUGUGCUAUCUUAAUCCACGAUUUAAUUUUAAAGACGCUUUGGCGGACAUUAACAAGAGAUUGACCAGUCAGACUUCAUUCUGGAUUAGUUUAUGAAAGGAUUUAUGAUUAUCCAGAUUAGGUUUAUCCAAGAUUAUAUAUGAUGUGGAGUUAUCUUGAUCCAAUUGAGAGUUUUAAAGACGCUUUAGCGGACAUUAACAAGAGAUUAACCAGUCAGGCUUCAUUCUGGAUUAGUUUAUGAAAGGAUUUGUUUUAAUCCAGAUUUGGUUUGGUCCAGAUUUGGUUUAAUUCACGAUUAGAUUAAGCAAAGGAUGACUGUACUAUCACAGAAUAAAGACAUACAGAAGGUCGACUCGAGCAAACCGCUGCCACGCCUUGAUUUAUCAUGAAAAUGGUGACGCCAUGGGCCUAGCCAGUGUGCUUAAUCGCUUAUGAGGGGCGUUACCCCUGGACAUCGCCAUAUUGAAUAUUUUCAGAGGGGUGAUGCCUCUCAAACGCGCACUGGCUAGGCCCAUGGCGUCAGCAUUUUGAUGACGAAUUACGGUUACACCAAAAUCAUUGGAAAAUCAUCGGAAAAACUAAGAAGUCGUGCUUCUGUAUGGUCUAUUCUGUGGUACUGUAUUGCAUUAUUUUGUAAUAUGGAAUGGAACCAUUCAAUGGACGGACAGUGGAACCAUUCAAUGCAGUGGAACCAUUCAAUGGAUGGACUGUAUUGCAUUCUUUUGCAAUGCAGUGGAAGUUUGGAACCAUUCAAUGGAUAGACUGUAUUGCGUUCUUCUAUAAUGGAGUGGAACCAUUAAAAUGUUAUUAAAACACAUAUUUUCAACAUGUGUUCUGGAGCAUAGUGAUGUUGAGUGAUCGUGAAUUACUUUUAUGUAUGAUGUAGGAUGAUGUACAAUGAUGUAAGAUGAUGGAUAGGGUUAAUGAUGUUUAUAUAGUGUGAAAGUUUUGACUGCAUUGCCCUGGCAACGAGGCGUCAACAGUUCAAUGGGCGCAGUGCGCAUGCACGUUAAAUCCUGAAUUUAUAACACGUGAUUUUACACCUGAAUUUUACAUCUGAAUUUAAAGCCUGAAUUUAAAGCAUGAAUUUAAGAAUGAGAAUAAUAUCCAUAGUGAUCCAUAGUAUAGCUCAAUGUCCCUAAAUAAUCCUAAUAUUUAUGACGUCACUUCGCGCGCGCUUGGCGGGAA